CGUCGGGAAGAUGGCGCUGUGUGUGCUGCGGAACGCGGUUCGCGGAGUGUCGGCGCUGUCCAGGCUGAAGGCAUCCCUCGUGGCCAGUGUCUGCAAACCUGGGUACAGCUCCUUGUCCAAUCACAAGUAUGUCCCUCGGAGGGCAGUGCUCUAUGUGCCUGGGAACGACGAAAAGAAAAUAAGGAAGAUACCAUCCUUGAAAGUAGAUUGUGCUGUGCUGGACUGUGAGGAUGGUGUUGCGGAAAACAAAAAGAAUGAAGCUCGAUUAAGAAUAGCAAAAACUCUUGAAGACUUUGACUUGGGCACAACAGAAAAGUGCGUGAGAAUCAACUCGGUGUCUAGUGGUCUGGCUGAAGCCGACCUGGAGACACUUCUACAGGCCAGAGUUCUUCCGUCUAGUCUGAUGCUACCAAAGGUAGAAAGUCCUGAAGAAAUCCAGUGGUUUUCAGACAAAUUUUCACUCCACUUAAAAGGCCGAAAACUUGAACAACCAAUGAAUUUAAUCCCCUUUGUGGAGACUGCAAUGGGUUUGCUCAAUUUUAAGGCAGUGUGUGAAGAAACACUAAAGAUCGGUCCUCAAGUGGGUCUUUGCCUAGAUGCAGUCGUUUUUGGAGGAGAAGAUUUUCGAGCCAGCAUAGGAGCAACAAGCAACAAAGAUACCCAAGACAUCCUCUAUGCCCGGCAGAAGAUUGUCGUUACAGCAAAGGCCUUUGGCCUACAAGCCAUAGAUCUUGUGUACAUUGACUUCCGGGAUGAAGAUGGACUUCUCAGACAGUCAAGAGAAGCAGCUGCCAUGGGCUUUACUGGUAAACAGGUGAUCCACCCUAACCAGAUUGCUGUGGUACAGGAACAGUUUACUCCAACCCCAGAAAAAAUUCAGUGGGCUGAAGAGCUGAUUGCUGCCUUUAAAGAACACCAGCAGCUGGGAAAGAGGUGUUCUCUCACUGAGCCUGGAGCUUGCCAUUUUGCUAGACCUGCAGACCCCAGGUCCUCCCAGUUCCAUCUUCCCAGUACUGAAGAUGCAGACAUGUACCACUGCCUACAGCACCCAGCUUUUACAUGCAUUCAAGGGAGCCUUUACUUUCCGAGGAAGUAUGAUCGACAUGCCAUUACUGAAGCAGGCCCAGAACAUUGUUACGCUUGCCACAGCCAUCAAGGAAAAAUGAUCUGUUAAAUGAAGCCCUCCUCAGGCGGGCUGAAUGGAUACUGUGGGUUUCUUAAAGACAAACUGCACUACCCAGGGCAGCUCGCUAGCUCAGGAUCAGGACCUCAUUUCAUGUUAGUCAAAACGCCCCGCUCCCCUUGUAUCUUACUGACCUGUUAUUCUAAAAAUAAACUUUCUUCCUUCAGAAUCUAA